AUGGCAGGCGGUGGUGAUGUGCGGGAAGCAAGCGAAAAUCAACGACAGGAGCAGCAGCAGCAGCAGCAGCAGCAGCAGCAGCAGCAAAUGGGAGUAGCAGCGGGUGAGGGGUUGCUGCACAGCCGGAGCGUGCAGGAAAUGCUGCAACCUCCGCUGCCCCAAGCCUUGCCUGCGCCCGUGCCUGCAGGCGGCUCGGCAC